GCGGUGCAGUGACUGUUCUUACCUAAACUGGAUACAAGCUGCGAUGGAACCUGAAACCAUUAUUAAACUCAUAUGCGCCAACAGAGGCUCUAUGAUCUACGAUGAACUGAUUUCGAACUUUAACUGUGACGUCGAUGGUGUUAUUGAAAGAAACGAAUGGUUCGUGAUCGCUUGGCUAAAUGGACAGAAAACUGUGAUCGCCAGAAGCGAGGUGAAGCUGUGCAGGGCGAAGGAUUGUAACGGGUGCAUGAAAUUACACCUCUGUAAAUUUUACUUGUUCGGUGACUGUCGGUACGGCAGAGGAAGACGAGGAUGCCGAUUCAGCCAUGACCUGACAUCAGAGCAAAAUGCCAAAGUUCUGAAACAAUAUGGCCUAAGUCAGCUGAACAAAGAAGAGCUAUGUGUCCUACUGCUCCAGAGUGACACCAUACUACCUCCGGUGUGCUUCUCCUACAACAAUGGCACGGGUCCGUACGGGCGCUGCCAGGAUGGCGAGAACUGCAAGAGGUUGCACAUCUGUGAGAGAUACCUGAGAGAGCCAUGCCAGUGUCCGCGGGCACACGACUUCUAUGAGCCCCAUCCUCUGAAGACACUGCAGGACAGGGGUGUACCUACAGAGCUCAUGCCGUCUAUGAAGACUUUGUAUUCAAACAUCGAGGCUGUACGGAAAACGGUCAGAAACAAACCAGCUUACCAUAAUGCAAAUCGUACAGCAAAAAUGGACAAAAGCAGCGGCCAAAAAGACAGGAAAGACACCACUGGGCAGCAGCAGACUUCAAAUAACUAUGCUAAUUCUGCAGAGAAAACGGAGCUCUGCAUGUACUUUGUCAAAGGUUUCUGCAAGCAUGGUGAAAAAUGCUUUAAAGAACACUCCAAAGUACCCUAUAAAUGGGAGGUAAAUACUGGACUCUGGCAAUCUAUUUCUGACAAUGAGGGGAUAGAGAAAGAUUACUGCAACCCAGCUAAAACACACAGCUCUGGAAUUAAUUUUGAUACAUUGACAUUUGGAUCUUACCCUGUGCGGCGUCUCUCUACUGUGUCCUCGGUGCUCCAACCCACUUUUAUCCUUACUACUAACUGGGCAUGGUACUGGGAGGAUGAAUAUGGCAAUUGGAUCCAGUAUGCAUCAUCAAAUGGAGGUCACAAUUUGGCUUCCAUCAACAGGGAAGACUUAGAGCAAAAAUUUUUAGAGAACAACAAAGCAGAAUUGGAGUUUACAGCUGGAUCACAAACUUAUAUACUCAGCUUUCAAGAUAUGCUACAAACAAACAAGCGCUAUGGAACCAAAAAGCUUGUAAAGCGUCGACCUACAUUUGUGUCUGCAGCAGAUGCUCAAAGAAUCAGAACAAGCAAACCAGCUCCUGCCAACCAGAUGAAAUCUCUGCCAAGUCACUGGAAUAAGGCACUGACACCUGAAACUGGUUAUAAGAGAGUGCCGCUUCAGAGUGAUUCAAGUGAAUACAUGACAGUUCAGAGGCUCUUCAAUAGCACCAUGCACGGUUUUUCAAUCCAGCAGAUUGAAAGAGUUCAAAACAGAUCUCUCUGGGAAGUGUUUCAGUGGCAGAAGGAUCACAUGAAGAAGAAUAACUCAGGAAGGGAUGCUACAGAGAAACAGCUGUUUCAUGGAACCGACUCUAAACACAUAGAUGCCAUCUGCCUCAAUAAUUUUGACUGGAGAAUUUGUGGCACUCAUGGCACUGCCUACGGGAGAGGAAGUUAUUUUGCCAGGGAUGCCAAGUACUCUCACAACUACACCGGAGAAGACACAACACGCUGCAUGUUCAUUUGUCGUGUGCUGGUGGGCGACUACACCGCUGGCAGCUCCAGCUAUCUCCGUCCACCCUCCAAAGACGGAGGAGACACCAUCUUUUACGACAGCUGUGUGGACAAUCUCCACAGUCCAUCUAUAUUUGUGGUUUUUGAGAAGCAUCAGAUCUAUCCCGAAUAUCUGAUCAAGUACCAAGAGGGAAGCCUGUUAUCGCCUUCAAAUUACAGGCCAGCCCCUGUAGUAAACAGAGUUAACCCAGUUCAGCCUGCAACGCCUAGAUAUCAACCCAAUCAGUCUUCAGUUACAUAUUCCAGCUCCUCAUUCUCUUCUUCCUUAUAUCAAACACCCACACCUUCAUACUCCCGCUCGCCUAGCCCUGCAAAAUCAAAACCCGACAACUCUUGCGUUAUCAGCUAAGGGUGUUUGCUGGGGGUGUAACGGAUCACAGAUCAAACAGUCACAGUUUUUUGAAUCAGCAUAAAAAGCAAGGCGAAUGUAACUUUGCUUUCCAAUAGUAAUACUUACAGAACGUUAGGACAACUUAAAAUCAUCCAUAUAAAAUAAUCAGUACUCAUUUGUUGUUCAGUCGAGUUGUUGUGGUUGUGUCUUGGCUCCCAGUUUGGUCCCUGACACACUACGGUAUUGCCGCUUUAAUUGUCAUACUGUAUUGCUGUGGUCAUAUGGCUUUGUCAUAUGGCCUCUGUCAUCAGUGUAUCUUACAUGGAAACCAAAAUGCUCCCAUACUUGUAAUUUAAAAGAUUACAAAAGGGGCAGCUGUAGCCUAUAGUGGUUGAAGUACUGGACUAGUAAACAUAAGGUUGCUGGUUCAAACCCCACCACUGCCAGGUUGCCACUGUUUGGUCCUUGAGUAAGGCCCUUAACCCUCAGAUUCUUAGACUGUAUACUGUAAGUCGCUUUGAAUGAAAGCGUAUGCUGAAAAUAUAAAUAUAAUAUAAUAAAUAUAAAAGAUGCAGGAGGUUUUUCAUGUUCUUCUUCUAUUUUGGCAGUCAUGACUUUGUCUGUUAACUGCUUAGAACCUGCUCCGUUCAUCACACAGCGGCUUUGUCUAUAUCUUUCCAGAGGAAUAGUUUUGAGCCUUUAACUACGUAAUAUAUUUUUUACAUUUCUAUUCCUAAAACUGUAUUUCAUUCUAUUAUGGUUAAACUUUAAUUGAUAAUACUGGCAACUGCUUUAAUUGGCUUUUGUUAAUAAAUGGAUUAUCCGUGGCCCGUUACACCACGAGUGUUAGCCAACCCCUGUUCUGUACUACAGAGUGCACCUAUGGUAGUUAAGCUGAAAACUAGCUAAGCUGAGGACUAGUGAACAUGGAUCAUUAUGGUAGUCGUGGGGAUGAUGAUUAUUAAGAUUACUACUUUAUUAUUACAGUACUAUAAUUGGAUUUUAUAGUUUCAUGCUGUUAGAUCAUUGCAGUAAAUUACAAAAAUAAAACUGUAAUUGUAUACGUUAAUACUGUUUUCUAAGUACAGUUAGACCCAAUCAAAGUGUAAGUACUCUUUACUGAGCACUUAGGCUGAGCAGUAACAUGCACCUACUAAACUUCUAUAGCAUCUUAUUUAAAAAUAAAUAAUAAUAAACUAACAGGGUUUUAGCAGAUUUGUAUCCUUGGAAUGUUGUCCACUUAAACUAGAGUAGGGAAUGUUUACUGUGGAAGCACUUCUGUAAGUCGCUCUGGACAACCCGCAUAGAACCAGCAUUACAUAUUUAAUCUCAUUUCAGAGUAGACUGGCUUGCUUUUCUUAUCCUGAUGGGUACGGUUACCUUAUAAACACUGUGCACGAGGCAGGAAUUCACCCUGAACAGAGUGUCAAUCUACUGUGGGGCAUCAGAGAUAGCUGAUCAUGUCUGUUUAGGUGCCAUAGUAGUGGUGGGCUAGCACAAUGGACCACUGCAGCACCCAAGCGAUAGCUACAUGUUAAUGAACUUAAUAAAUGUACACAUUUUAAUAGUGGUUGUAUUAAAGAUUAGAUUAUUGGACACAUGAUUUGCAUCUUAGUAUUUUUACAUUUACAUACCAUGUUAUGGGCGGACUAUUUAGAGCUACAAUUUUGCUUCUGUAUGAAAUUAGCAAUACUGCGGUAAGUAAGAUGUUAAAAUAGUGCUGUCAUAGGGGUCUUAACUGUUCAGACACUAUGUAGCAUGCCAAAUGUAUUUGAAAGGUGGCAUUUUGUUAGUCUUGGGAAUGUUUGCAGGCUGGAAAGCUGCUUAUAGCCCACAGUAGUUACAGGUUACAGACACAUUACUCUAGCUAGUUAGCUAUGUACUAGCUGGUUAGUGUGCAGGGAAUUGACUACAACAUGCUGAAAUAAUUUUCUAAACUACUUUAUGCUUGGUGCCUGGAACUUUAUUAAAAAUCUGCUUUAAUAACACUCAUUUGUGAAGUUGAAUAAUGGCCACCAUUGUGUUGUGUUGGAGUGUUGUGUUGGAGAAGGCAUGUUAAUAACAGUAUUGGUUGGAAUACAUAAUGGGUAAAUUAGCUGAUAACAGUUUGAAUUGUAGAUUUGUAGCUAAUGAUCUUAACUGCACUAUUGUUGACUAUUUUAAAAUGAGUUAAUAAAUCAUGUCUUGCUUUAGUUCUCAAGAUUUACUCUGUCUUUAUGAAUCUGUUUAAAUGAACUGGUGUCACUGUAACGUUUAAACCUAGGGCAAAGACAAUCUAGUAAAAUGUGAAACCACAGAAGUAAUGUUGGGUGUUUUUUAAUGAUCUGAUUAUGCAACCUAUUUUAAAUGUCAUGAAAUAAAAUUGCUCAGGUUUCACACUUACAUUGCACAAAGGGCUUUAUUUGCUUUAAGCAUUAUUAUUGUAAUUAUUCUUAUAAAAGUGUUAUUAUAAAAUAAUUCUGUAAAAUUGUAUGUGUUUACUUUGAUUUCUUUUCAACAAACAUAUUGGGUAAUUUGGGUAAAAAAAUAAAGAUUUAAAAUAAA